GAAAAGCAAAUAGCAACAUAGCCGAACAGGGCGGUCGAUUUUUCCACAACAAUUUUUGCAAUAAAUUAGCUUUUCUUUUCACUUUUCUCAAUAUAUUUCUACAAAAUAUUUUACUUUGUGAAAUAUAGCAGCCCCUGGUCUAGAAAUUAAUCUCCAUUUCUCCGAAGAAGUUUCAGCAUAAUCACCAUGAUGGACGUUCCUCAUCGGGUAACAACCUUUGCCUGUUUAGCAUUGCUUCUAACUGUUGCCAUGGCAACACAAUCAGAAGAAAUUAAAGACAACCAGAUUUCAAUUCGCUUCGACGAAGUCAGCUUGAAACAGUGGAAUGACGAUACCAACAAACCUACAGACAAGUUUGUGAUGGCUGUGGCUGCUAGUGUUACCACCUACUGCUCUGCGGAAGACUGCGAUCUGGGAACCAUGGUUCCGUUUACCGACGAAGAUGUUGUGAUUCUAGAUGGCUACCCAUCGGACGAAAAUGCCGACGUUCAGAUAGUGUUCUAUGUCUCGAUCGUGACGCAGGACAAACCGGCUGAAGGCAACCAGUAUGCCCUGGAGAAGUCAACUCUCGAAACGAUCUUGAAGACAAACAAGGCAGACAUUGAAAACGCCACCAGUUACGAGGUGGUUUUCAUCGGUGACGAGCGCGUCGGGAAGCCCCUGGAUGGCACAAUGAACAGCAUCAUGAUACCACUGGCCAUCGCUACUCUGGUGGUCCUCAUCCUGAUAACCUUCUGCCUUCACUUCAAUGAAAAACGGCAGGAAAAGAAGAGAGGACUUGUGACCAGCAAGCGUGCCGACAUCCCAUCCAAUGAUGCCCAUGGCGAGGGAAUCGUUCUGACGUCCGUCAACAAGAACUCAGGCAAGGAAAAGAAAACAGGUUGUCGAGAACCGAGACGCAAGAAGAAGAAACUUGGCAGCAGCAAAAAUGGAGAAACUCCCGACGAAACCGGGUCGGCUACGACCACACAGCAUAUAGAUGUCCACCCCAUCCCUCAAGCUAAUGGCACAAACUCCGUCCAUCCCACUUCUGACCCCAAACAGGGACCAACCGUCAACGGUUCCCAUGCCUCGGUCAACACCAACACCAAUUCUAACAAGGACUGGGACAUUCGCAACGCAGCCCCCGUGAAAACGAAAAGAGGCGAGAAGUAUCGCUCGCGACAGAUCGAACCACCGCCGUUCAAUUCGGAUGCAAGACACGCAUCCCAAGAUGGCGCGACGGAAUUCCUUAUUGACUCGGACGUUGCAAGCCACUCCUCUAACCCCGGCUGCAUUGACAAUGGGACGGACGAACACCACGGCGACUAUCAAGGCAGUCAGGCGAGGGCAGCAGACAAGGAAUACCUCAUCCAGCCUCAAGGUCGGUUACCCCCGCUGGUCAGAACUUCUGAUAGUUCAUCUCCGGCGAUAGAGCUGUAAAGGAAAGUUGUAAUCCAUUUUGACUUCGCUUGUGUGUGAUUUUGCCGUCCCUCUUUGAUAAGCCUUAGAGAGCCAGAACCGGCUGUGAAACAACAGAUUUUAUUCCCCUUGAAAAAAAAAAAGAAGGAAACCCACUUUUGACAGCAAUUUUCACCUACUUGUUGAGCAUAUUUCAAAAAUUCAAUUUAAUGGUCACCAAAAAAAAUGAUUGCUAAUACAAUUUUGUCUCUGAGAUAUGGUAGUUUAAAAAUUUUGUUCAUGGACAGCUAAUCCAUCCGCUUGACUUAGCUCCGGAUCUGGAUUUGAAUAAUAAUAACAAUAACACAUUCUUAUAUAGCGCAUUUCAGGAGCUCGCAAUGUGCUGUAUAAUUCAUAAACAAUUAAAUACACGACUAAGGAAAACAAUUUUCAAAUAAAUGAGCCACAACAAUUCCAAGUCAGUUAUUGAUCGCAAUGACACUGGGAGAGAAUUCCAAAGUCUGAAGACAAAAAAAUACACUAGACAUACACGUGGACAACAGUGAUUUUGGUGACUUGUACAUGACAUCAAAUUAGCACAAUAGCAUGAUUCUUGCGAUUCUUUAAAAGAUUUUGUUUUGCACCACGUAUGGUUCAAGAGCUAUACUUCACUACAUUAUAGAAAAGUUCAAAUAAGUUAAGUAAGUAGGUUAAAAUUCCUUUCGAAAUUGGGUUUCCUUCUUUUUGCACCACUAAGUGGAGGACACCCCUGCCAUGGCUCUCCAAGGGUUAAGCAUUAUAUUAAGUCUCUAGAAAAAAAUCUUUAGAAGUAUAUAUUUAAGGUAAAAAGAGUUUUAUUCAAUUUUGCUGCUGUCAAGUUAAUGAUUUUUACUUAUUUAUUUCUUUUUUACCCUUUUUGUAAUCUUUAUUGUAAGAAUUCAAUGUAGAAGUGUGCAUGAUAUUAGGUUCAGUUUUUAAUAUGGUGGUUGCAAUAUCUAACUAUUAACUUUAAGAAAAAACAUUGUGCUAUGGUGUAUAUACAUUGCCAUUUGGCAAUACCAUUUUAAAACUGUAGAUGUCCUUCAAUUGAUUUGUGUCCAUUUCUAUCGCGAGCAUCUUUUGGGACUUUCA